AUGGCAGAGCGUGAUGUCUGCUCUAAGCGGCGCUGCAGGGACGGCCAGGGCACGUCGGGCGUGCAUGCUGCGUUAACCCGGAGGCGGAUGAAUGAUGAUAUCUCGGGAAUCUUAGGCUGGUGGCCUUUGCUUCUAUUGGGCUCCUUCAGAGCGGCCCCCAUCCGCGGCAUCCACGCCUAUCCCACUACAUACAAGAAUGUGUACGCCCAGGCGUCGGCCAGGGAUCUGGGGGAAACGAAAGGGCCAUGCCGCGGCAAGCAUGCUGGCUAUUCGUCUAUUGGACGUGGCGACUUUGGCAAAAUAACUGACGUGGUCGACGAUUCUCGACUUCUUCCGGGCGACGCUGCAAUGCUGGUCUGGCCCCGGGGGAGGGGCAAGGCCAUCACGACCAUCUUUUUCACCGAUUUCCAACAGAAUGCGGUUGAUUCCCCAUUUUCGGCCAAUGGCCAUCGGGAUGGCCAGAAGGCCUGA